AUGGCUACUUUGGCUUCAAUGAUAUUCAAAGGCCAUGAAUUUCCAUACCGAGUGGGUGGCAUACAUACUCCUAUUUAUGAUCCUGGGAUUGUAAGAGUGUGGAAGGUGUGUGUGAGUGACAAGCAUAGCAUGGAAUCGGAACAGUGUUACGAUGUUUAUCUGAAUUUCAGAGGGAAAACGCGCUACGGCUUCGCGGGAACUCUCUGCAACGCUCUGCGGGAGAAGAGGUUCAGGACUUUCAUGAACGACGAGGGAAUGCAGAGUGGAAGCCAAGUUUCAAAUUUUCUUCUGGAAGCAAUCGAGCAAUCUAGAAUCUCGAUCGUCGUUUUCUCCAAAGACUACGCAUGUUACACCUGGUGUCUCGAGGAGCUUGUGAAGAUUGUGGAGUGUAUGGAGACCAGGAAACAAUUGGUUAUCCCAGUCUCCUACAAAGUAGCACCCUACAACGUGAGGGAACAGAAGAAGGUCUACGGCGAGGCCUUCGCCAGACACGAAAACAAGUUCGGGAAGGACUCUGAGAAAGUGCGAAAAUGGAGGUCUGCUUUGUCUCAAGUGGCCAAAUUGCCUGGAGUCUUCGUUGGAUCUGGAUCUGGGUAUGAACAUGAGCAUAUCCAAAAGAUCGUGGAAAAAGUGAAUCAAUCCUUACCUCGCUACGAUAUUUUUCUGAGUUUUAGAGGGGUAGAUACUCGCUACUCCUUCACAGGUUUUCUCUAUUACGCGUUGUGUCGAGAGGGAUUCAAAACCUUCAUGGAUGAUAAAGAGUUGGAAGGUGGGGACAAAAUUUCUUCAUCUCUUAUCAAAGCAAUUGAAGCAUCGAGGCUAUCCAUCGUUGUUCUUUCUGAAAACUAUGCACAAUCGCAAUCGUGUCUUGAAGAACUUGUCACUAUCCUUGAGUGUACGAAGAAAAAGAAUCAACUAGUUUGGCCAAUUUUUUACAAAGUGGAACCGACAACAGUGAGGAAUCAAAAGAAUAGUUAUGGCAAAGCCAUGACUGCACAUGCAGAAAGAUAUGGAAAUGACUCUGAUAAGCUUCUCAACUGGAGGAGAGCUUUGUUUGAAGUUGCCGACUUGAAAGGAUUCUCCCUUGAACCUAAUCGGUCUGUGUAUGAAUUUCAACUCAUCGAACAAAUUGUGAAAGAAGCCAUUGACAAUGAUAAUGGAACUUACUCCCGUAUAUCAAGUCCUAAGUUUAGUCAACCCAUAAGCAAUGAUAAUGAAAAUGAAUUCUCCAACUCAAAUUCUAGUUCGAAUCAAAAUAUCAUCAACAAGGAUAUUGAAGAUUGCAUCUCUAUAUCAAAUCCUAGUUGGAAUCAAAUUAUCAAUGAUGAUGAAGAUUGUUCCUCCACAUCAAUUCCUACCUAA